CCGCAAUUUACAUUUUAACGAAUGUUACCAAACAUCACCCGAAAGGUGAUUCGAUCGGGUACACCCAGAUGCGAUUACCGUUUAAUUAGUAUUCAUUACCUUUUUUGCUUGUGGUGGUGCGGUGAAUGAAAAACUUCUUGUUUGGCUGGCGGGUUUGACUGGUGUGUGUGUGUGUGUGUGUGUGUGUGUGUGAACUCUGCGUGGCUUUUUGAGAGUUUCGCCGUGAUCUUCCACGACGCUACGUCUCACUCGAUAUUCGGCGAUCUUAGUGUUCAACACGCGUCCGUCACAACGUAAAGACUUAGUGAAUCUAUAAAACAAUUGAAAAUUGGUUAAAAUUUUACGAAGUUUAGAAGAUUAUCACAAAAAGUCAAAAGAUGGACGCAGAUGCAGGUGCGAAGCUAGGUAGGAUUGGUGAGUUUUACCGCGGCAGGGUGAUAUUCCUCACGGGGGCGUCCGGUUUCCUGGGUAAGAUGACCCUGGAGAAGUUAUUGCGGUCGUGCGCCUCCGUGCAAAAAAUCUACAUUCUGCUGAGGGCGAAGAAGGACAAGGACGCCGGCCGACGCAUGGACGAACUGUUCAACAGCAUUAUUUUCGAAAAAGUCCAAAAAGAAAACCCGGAUUUCAAACGAAAGAUAACAAUAGUCGAGGGCGACUGCAGCCAACCGGAUUUAGGCUUAAAACCGGAAGUUAAAGAAGUACUUAUGCACGAAGUCGAUGUAAUCAUCCACUGGGCAGCAACCGUCAAAUUCGACGAGAACUUAAAAAUCGCGACGAAUAUCAAUGUGCGAUCUGUGAGAGAUUUGAUACGAAUGGCUAAACACAUGCCACAACUCAAGUGCUUUCUACAUGUUUCCACUGCGUAUUCUCAAUGCGUACGAGACACAAUCGCCGAAGAGUUUUAUCCAACACCGAUUAAAGGCGAAGCAUUGAUUAAUAUGAUGGACGCAUUGGAUUUACAAACUGUGGAGAAACUAACACCGAUUCUCAUUGACAAAUGGCCGAAUACUUACGUAUUCACCAAGUCGGUGACGGAGAAUAUGAUUAGAGAGAUUGGGCAUGGAUUACCGAUCGGAUUCAUACGUCCGUCAAUGGUGUUGGGAUGUUAUAAAGAACCUGUCCCAGGAUGGAUUGACAAUGUCUACGGCCCAACCGGAACAAUGAUCGGAAUGGCAAUGGGUUUCAUCCGCGUAAUGCGCACAGAUCUCCGCUGUGUAGCGGAAGUAGUACCCGGUGAUGUCGUCGUUAACACCGCAAUGGCCGCCAUUGUCGACAUCAAUCGCAAACAUGAGUUAAACAGUAAGAAAGUCGCCGAAUUUGCGGAUGUACCAAUCUACAACGUUGUUAGUUCAUCACAAACACCCAUCACAUGGCAAACUUACAAGAAUUUAACAGUGAAACACUGUAAGCAGAUCCCAUCACCAAAAAUCAUCUGGCACUCGAUUCAGGUAUUCACUGGAAAUCCCGUGUUGUAUUACCUUGCAAUCUUCUUCUUACACUUGGUGCCUGCGUAUUUAUUCGAUGGGAUUGCGAGUUGCAUUGGGAAGAAACCUCUAAUGGUGAAAGCAUACAAAAAAGUACAUCAUUUAAUCUCGACUGUAUCGUUUUUCGCCACGCGUUCCUGGCGUUUUGAAAAUACAAACGUACAAAAACUAUGGCGACAGGUAGAUGACGAAGAUAAACAACUAUUCGACUUUAACCUGGAGAAUUUCGACUGGGAUGAUUAUUUCCGUUAUUAUACACGUGGAGGACGUGUGUAUCUACUGAAAGACCCGAUGGAUACAUUACCACAAGGCAGGAGAAAGCUAAAACUCUUAAAAAUCGCACAUUAUUCUCUAUGUGCGGUGUUGUUGUUCUUUUUUUAUAAAAUAUUAUGUUUUCCAAAAAUGGUUUUGGAUUUACAAGAAAUCGAAGAGUUUUACUCUGAUAGAGUAAUUUUAUUGACCGGCGCUUCCGGUUUCUUGGGUCGUAUGACCUUGGAGAAAUUACUGCGCGCAUGUCCGGGAAUAAAAAAGAUUUAUAUUUUAUUGAGAGGAAAAAAAGAAAAGGACUGCGCGAGGAGAUAUGAUGAGUUGUUUGACAGUGUGAUAUUUGAGAAUGUCGCGAAGAUGACUCCGAAUUAUCGGGAUAAAGUACAAAUGAUUGUGGGUGAUUGUUGUCUGCCAGAGUUGGCUCUACGCCCGGAGAUGCGGCAGUUGAUUAUUAGCGAAGUGGACGUUAUUAUACAUUUCGCUGCGACGGUGAAAUUUGAUGAGAAUUUGAAAGUGGCGACGAAUAUUAAUGUGAGAGCGCUGAGGGAUUUGAUAAAUAUUGCUAAGGAAAUGCCUCAACUUAAAUCAUUUUUGCAUGUGUCUACCGCAUUCUCAAACUGUAUCCGUCAUGACAUCGACGAAAUAUUCUACGACACACCAAUAACUGGCACCGGAUUGAUCAAUAUGAUGGACGCAUUGGAUUCGAAAUUAGUCGCUGAUAUCACUCCGAGUUUAUUAGGAAAAUGGCCGAACAGUUAUGUAUUCACCAAAGCAGUCGCCGAGAAUUUACUACGUGAUGAAGGACGAGGAUUGCCCAUUGGAAUGAUACGACCAUCAAUCGUUGUAGGAAGUUACAAAGAACCCGUCCCCGGAUGGAUUGACAAUGUCUACGGCGCGACCGGAAUAUUAGUGGGAAGCGCCCUGGGAUUACUCAGAGUCCUUCAAACUGACUUAUCCUGCGCGGCUGAGAUGAUCCCAGCUGAUUAUGUGGUUAACACUGGACUGGUUGCAGUGGUGGAUAUACAUUACAGACAUGAAAAAUUAUUAAAAGAUAAUACCGUCAUGACUACACGAGCUGAGGAAGCAAUACCUAUUUACAACGUGGUCAGUUCCACGUUGAAAUGCAUCGAUUGGAGGACUUUUAUGAAACUUUCACAGAAAUAUUGCCUUGAGAUACCUUCCCCGAAAGUUCUAUGGCAUAGUCACACAUUCUACACACCGAAUUAUUAUGUUUAUAAAAUACUAGCGUUUCUUUUACAUAUUAUCCCAGCUUAUUUAAUUGAUUUAACUGCUAUUUUCUUAGGAAAGAAACGAAUGAUGGUUAAGGCUUAUGAAAAAAUCCAUAAAUUCUCUGAGGUUAUUUCGUAUUUCAGCACGCGUAGCUGGAAGUUUCAUAAUUGCAACGUACAGAAAUUGUUUAUUAAAUUGAAAUUGGAAGAUCGCAAAAAGUUCGAUUUUAAUAUUGCGAUUUUCGACUGGAAUGAAUAUUUUAUUCAUUAUAUACGUGGUGGAAGGGCUUAUAUUCUGAAAGACACUCUAGAUACAGUCCCACAAGGCAAGAGGAAAAUAUUUUUGUUAAAAAUAGCACAUUAUGGAUUGUGUACGUUAUUAUUGUAUUGUUUUUAUAAGUUAAGUUGCUAUGUUUUCGGUUUGGUGCGCUAAAUUUAUUAGAGGUAAUUGUAAUAGUGUAUUAGUAUAUAUAUUUUAUAAAUAAAUGUUUUUAAAUUA